UUAUCUCCUCAUAUCUGGUGAUAUUUGAAUUAUUCGCUUAUCCAGAGCAUUCCGUGAGUUCAUGGUAAGAGUUAAGCAAAUCAUUUCAACGUCACCACAUACCAAACCGUUGAUGGCUCGGUUUCAGCUUCCUUUCUAAAGGCAUUUUCUAAUCUGUUCCGCUAAGCUACAAGAUGACAGCUACAGAGACAUCACAGAAAAUGUUAAAAAUAGACCUUACAUUCAGAGAUGGCUUGGAAGAGGGAGAAUCUGGUAAAACUCUGCAAAGAAAAUGCCUAGCACUUAUGUCUCCAGUAACUCCUGUCAAGGUUUAUUGUUGCCUGUUCAUCAUUGCAGUUCUGACUACAAGUGUGGUUGCACUUUCUAUUGUUUUGUCGGUGAGAGAAGAAAAGCCAGUGAUGGAGUCACCUAAGUACGCUGCUUGCCCAAAAAGCUGGAUUGGAUUUGGGAGUAAAUGUUUUUAUUUUUCUGAAGACACAAGAAAUUGGACAUUCAGUCAAGUCUUCUGUGUUUCAUUAGAAGCCAGCCUCGCUCAGUUUGCAACUAUGGAAGAACUGAAUUUCCUGAAAAGAUACAAAGGCCCUUCUGACCAUUGGAUUGGCCUUAGAAGAGAAUCAUCCGAUGGCAUUUGGAGGUGGACAGACAACACAGAAUAUAAUAACACGUUUCCUAUCAGAGGAGUUGGACAAUGUGCCUACCUGAAUGACAAUGGAGUCGGUAGUGCCAGCAUCUACACACACAGAAAAUGGAUUUGUAGCAAGCCAAACAGUUAUGUCUACAGUUGCCAAAUUAGAAACUCUUUACCGAAUUUCCCUAUGGAUGUAUCAUAACUUGUUAUAUAUAGUUGAUGUGUAUAACACCUGGAAACACCUGGAUAUCCAAGCAGAAGACUGCCGUAGGGGUGGAUCCCUCUUGAAGAACCUCUGCUAGGACAGUGCAGAGAUCCCCCACUGGGAUGCUGCCUGGUAGAGCUGUAAAAAGAGAGCCGCCCUCCUCUGAGUUCCUGGAAAGCCCACACUCACUAACUUUGGGACUCUCAAGACCCACCUAAAUCAGUUGAAAGGUGAUUUAUGGAAAGUUGCUCAAUUACAGAGGAGGGCAUCCUCAGAAAGUAAGAGGAGGGCAGCCUCAGAAAGCUGUCUUUGUUUUAAAGCCUUCUUUUAUAUGUAGAAGCUAAGUUAUGCCUACAUGUGAGUAGGCUGUCAGUGUGACACAACUUAGUACUUUGUUGAUAUAAAGAAACUUACCCUUGUCAUUUUAGUGCAUAAAUACAUCAAAGUCUGACUAUAGCUAUCUUAAAAGCAUGUACUGUUAUGUGACAUUGGGACAUCUGGACAUUCUGCUAUUGUAGGCGUUUGUCCUUGCAGGCAUUACUACACUUCCUUAGCUGUAAACAUCUUAUGACCAUGGGUCAUUUUCUUUAUCCAGUCUGCUGUUGAUAGGCAUCUACAUUGAUUCCAUGUUUGGCUAUUGUGAAUAGUACAGCAGUAGACUUCCAUGGUUCAGCUUUUGUAGUAACAAAGUUGUGAAUUGUUCUUCAGUUGUCAUGGACCCUCAGGUCAUAUAACCUGAGCAUGGCCAGGUGAACCAAGUACGCAACCACAGGGAAAACCCAAUUGUUCAGACUGAGGUACACAGGCUGAAUUAAAAAGUGGGCACACAGUGGCAGGAUCCAGGAUCCAACUGGAUGGAACUCUGGUCUCACUCCAUGGCAGGAUCCAGUCAGAGCAUGCUUUCCAGCAUCACCUCAUUACAAGAUCCAAUCAGAUGGUGUCUCGUUACUCUAUGCUUAUAAAACCUGACCCAGUUCCCAGCUUGAGGAAGGACUGCUUUGGGAUUGCCCAGUGUUCUCUUUACUCUCUGCAAGAGAUGAACUCUUGCUAAAUCCCCCCUGGCUGUGCUCAUGGGGUUGACACUUGACAAGUGACUAACCCGCCUGUUGUGUGGGUAACAUUUGGAACAUAUUUCUUUAUCUUCCUUAAUACUCUCAGCAUUGGUGUCUGUGCACCAGAUAACACAGCUCCCUUUCCAGUCUUCACAGACAGGUCUCAUACAGGAGAACACCUUUACCAACCAGUCCAGACAGAGGUUCUGUGUGCCACUUAAACUGUCAUGGUAGUUGAAGUCACAAUGUUUGUUCUUAAUGGUCCUCAGGCAUCUAGAGUAUGCCAGAUCCUUUCAGUGCUCAGACACAUGAGAUAAAAUCCAGUUCCCAGGUAGUGGCCAGAAAAGCUGGGGGGCUAGUUAUUUGGUCUGUCCCCUUUGCUUUUCAGAGAGAAGCUGGAGGCUGGGCUUUAUCACUCUGCAUUGAGCCAAAGUGGGGAGCAGUGAAGUACCCACAUGCUUAUUAAAAACUGCUCUGAAAAUAUUUGAAGUAACACGGCUGUAACAAUUACUAUUUAAAAAACAACUGUUGUUUUGUUUUGUGUAGCCCCAGAGGUUUAACAGAUGCUGGGCCCUGUCAGCUCACCAAAACGGAAGUUAGAAACCAGUUCCUCUCUUCAACCAAGGGGAUAAUAAGAAAAAAAAGAAACCAAUCCCUCUAGUAAUACCUAGAGAAGUACCAGAUAGGCUUCACAGCUUCUCUAGGUAUCCCCUCCUCAGGAAUAGGCUGAGAGAUGGGAGUUCCUUCCCAAACAUGUGGCAUCACAUGAGGGCUGGGGAUUAUUAUCACAGUGUGUGCAAGUUGUUUCCUGCCAGUUCUGAUGUGGAUAGUUUCACACUCACCUCGAGCGCAGGAGUGGCUCAUUAGAUUCUGGAUUUCCAAUGAUGGAAAUUUAUCUGUGUGUUGCUGUUGAACUGAUGUGUCCACGGUGAGGAAGGAGAGUUUAGACCUUUUUAUUCUGCCAUCUGGUGACUCUGACAGUUUCUUUUAAUGCUCUACUAUCAUACAAUCUAGUUACUACAUUUGUAGACAUUUCUCUCACAUAAAUGACAACAUGUAUUUACACAAAAGCCUGUAUAUACAAUGUUCAUAGCAGCUUUAUUCUUACUAGCCAGAAUCUAUAAAAACCAUAUGUCUCACAAUGAGUGAAUAAUUAAGUAAACGCUGUUACAGGCAUAAAAUGGAAUACUACUCAGCAGUAUAAAGGAACAGACUAUGGAUGCAUACAAAACUCCCUUGAAUCUCAAACUACUUAGGCUAAGUUAGAAGAGCCAAUUACCAAAGAUUGCAUUUCACAUGAUUAAAUUUACGUAACAUUCUUGAAAUGACAAAAUUGUGCAGAUAGAGAAUGAGGGUUAUGGAUAGGUGAGUGAAGAAGAAGGCGUAGCAUGGAGAAAAGGUGGUGUGGAUCUCUGUGAGAAUGGAUGGGUUUUGUUUCCUCAUUGUAUCAGUGGUCAUUAUCUUAGUUGUGAUAUUCUAGUGCAGUUUUUUGGGUAUUACCUUUGGGGGAAACUGAGUAAAGAAGACGUGGGAUCUUUCUGUACUAUUUCUUACAACUGCAUGUGAAUUACAACUAGCUUGAAAUAAAAAAUUCAAUUAUAAAA